AUGUCGGGAAAAUCUCGAGAACAGCCAAAUCGUUCCAAGGUGGAGAAGAAAGUACUGCGACAGAAAAGGGACCGGCGCAGGACAGUUCUGGAGAAGAAAGCUCUGGAGUAUAGCAAGAUAUGCGGGGCGGACGUUUGCUUGGGCAUACGUAUCCGACAGUCAGAGAAAGUCUUCAUUGUCUCUGCAGAUGCGUCCGGUUUCUGGUCGCUUCUUGGCUCUAAAUUGAGCGCGCAAGAAGACAAGAACCUCUGCUUUUAUAUUUAUGACCCGAUAGAUUGA